AUGCUGCUGCUCGUCUUGCUGUGCGUCGCCACUUACCGACCACUGAGCGUGCGCACUUUAGCCAUCACUCGGCUCCCUGACUCUCUCCGCGUAGUCAGGGACCAGUUCCUCUCAGUUUGCCCCACCACUCUCACCGCUGACCUCAUCGAGAAGGGCCUCCUAGCAGCAGAGAAGAGCAUAGUCGCUGUAGGAGCCACUCGUGGUGACCCUCGCACCCUCGUCUUUGAGGGUCGGUCGGCGCUGCGUCUGCCCCUAGCGGGAGACGCCACACCGGCAAGGGCAAGGGGGGCAAGGGCGCUGGAGGGGCUGGCGGGGGCGGUGGAGGUGGUGGUGGAGGCAGUGGAGGGGGUGGGGGUGGUGGUGGGAGUGGUGGCGGGGGUGGCGGCGGCGGCGGCAGCAGUGGAGGCGGAGGAGGCGGCGGUGGUGGCGGAGGGGACGAAGGCGGCGGAGGUGGCGGAGGAGGCGGAGGUGGAGGAGGUGGCGGAGGCGGCGGCGGCGGCGGUGGUGGAGCAAGUCGCGACUCUGCGCAGAGGAGUGGGUCAGGUGGUGGUCCGCGCCAGCAGCAGUGGAGUGGUGAGACCCUGUCCCCCCAGCGGCUUCGUGAGUGGUACGCUACGCAGUCAGCGCGGUGGGGGUACUGGUCCCUGCACUUACGUCCUCCGUACCGGCGACCGAGCUGGUGAGCAGGGCGGGGGCCCGCACUCCACCCAGCGCUGCUUCGGCCGCCUGACGGACGCGUGGCGUCACCAGUUCCCUGAGGCGUCAGAGAUCCCUCGCUGGGGAGAUCUGUCUAGUGCAGGGGUUGCCAUCUUUGAUCUUGACUAUGAUGCUAUCCUUGCUGCCAUGUAUUCUGUGACUACUAGUGUUGAGGGUGACUGUUACCUGUGUGUACCGCCUGACCCGGGCAUUGAGGCCACUGCUCUAGGUGCUGGUGAGGCUGCUGCUCUAGGUGCUAGUGCGUCUACUGCCCUAGGUGCUAGUGCGUCUGCUGCCCCAGGUGCUGGUGAGUCUGCUCUCGCAGGUACUACGUCGGCUCAGGCCUUAAACACCUUCACCCUUGACUCGGGUGCGUCCCGCUCCUUCUUUCGAGACCGCACCACUUUUACGCCGCUCAGUCGGCCGGUUGCAGUCUCCCUGGCAGACCUCUCUGGCGGACCUACAGGAUAG